UUCUUCCAUUUACCACUAUCGCUUUUCAUUUCUCAGUUUUCCAAACCCGAAACUCCCCUUAGCCUCGGUUCCGACACAUCGUUUUCUUUCCCAUUAAUAAUGGCGGACCGUCUUAACUCCUCCACUACUGAACCAAACGACACGUCGUCGGCUAAGUACAAAGGCGUACGUAGGAGAAAAUGGGGCAAAUGGGUUUCCGAAAUUCGCCUGCCCAACAGCCGUGACCGUAUUUGGUUGGGUUCUUAUGACAAACCCGAGAAGGCGGCGCGUGCAUUCGACGCUGCUCAAUUCUGUCUGCGUGGUCCUCAAGCCAAGUUUAACUUUCCUGACAGUCCGCCGGAGAUUGACGGUGGAGACCGGCUUUCCGCUCAGGAGAUUCAAGCGGCUGCCGCGAAGUACGCGGAGGAGCACGGCGAAGAGGGAGUGGGAAAUCAUGAUGAAGGGGUGACGGUUGAGGGCGGCGGCGUUUGGCCGGAUAAUUGGGAUAUGACGAUGGACGGUGGUUGGGAAUUUGGGUUUGGUGGAAAUGCAAUGAUUUAUGGUGGGGAUAUUAGUUUUGGAGUGCAAGAUGAAAAUAUGGAGAAGGAGGAUUUUGAUAACAAUGGUGGAAAUCAUUUUUGUCAUGAGCCUAAUUUCCUAUGGAACUUUGAUAAUCAUUAACUCUAUCAACCUAUACCCAUUAAAUUAUACAUAAAGGAAAGAGAAAAGCCUACCCAAAGAAAAAUAAAAAUGGUUGGCUAAUUGGCUAACCAAAUUUUACUUAGGGUUAGAUUAGUAAGUUGUUUAAUUAAUAAUUGUUUAAUUGGUACAGUGGAUUGGUAUCAAAGGUAUAAUUCAUAUGUACAAUGGGCUAAGUGGGUCUCCUUUUGUUUAAUCAUAUAUAUGUAGAGAGAAAAACAUAAGUAUUUUUUUUUUCUUAAUACCAAUUGGAUGUGAAGAUUUCAACUCGA